AUGAUGUAUGAUAGCUGUAGAGGUGUCAGAAUGAUGUAUGAUAGCUGUAGAGGUGUCAGGAUGAUGUAUGAUAGCUGUAGAGGUGUCAGGAUGAUGUAUGAUAGCUGUAGAGGUGUCAGGAUGAUGUAUGAUAGCUGUAGAGGUGUCAGGAUGAUGUAUGAUAGCUGUAGAGGUGUCAGGAUGAUGUAUGAUAGCUGUAGAGGUGUCAGAAUGAUGUAUGAUAGCUGUAGAGGUGUCAGGAUGAUGUAUGAUAGCUGUAGAGGUGUCAGAAUGAUGUAUGAUAGCUGUAGAGGUGUCAGAAUGAUGUAUGAUAGCUGUAGAGGUGUCAGGAUGAUGUAUGAUAGCUGUAGAGGUGUCAGGAUGAUGUACAAUAGCUGUAGAGGUGUCAGAAUGAUGUAUGAUAGCUGUAGAGGUGUCAGAAUGAUGUAUGAUAGCUGUAGAGGUGUCAGAAUGAUGUAUGAUAGCUGUAGAGGUGUCAGAAUGAUGUAUGAUAGCUGUAGAGGUGUCAGAAUGAUGUAUGAUAGCUGUAGAGGUGUCAGGAUGAUGUAUGAUAGCUGUAGAGGUGUCAGGAUGAUGUAUGAUAGCUGUAGAGGUGUCGGGAUGAUGUAUGAUAGCUGUAGAGGUGUCAGGAUGAUGUACAAUAGCUGUAGAGGUGUCAGAAUGAUGUAUGAUAGCUGUAGAGGUGUCAGAAUGAUGUAUGAUAGCUGUAGAGGUGUCAGAAUGAUGUAUGAUAGCUGUAGAGGUGUCAGAAUGAUGUAUGAUAGCUGUAGAGGUGUCAGGAUGAUGUAUGAUAGCUGUAGAGGUGUCAGGAUGAUGUAUGAUAGCUGUAGAGGUGUCAGGGUGAUGUAUGGUAGCUGUAGAGGUGUCAGGGUGAUGUAUGAUAGCUGUAGAGGUGUCAGGAUGAUGUAUGAUAGCUGUAGAGGUGUCAGGGUGAUGUAUGAUAGCUGUAAACGUGUCAGGAUGAUAGCUGUAGAAAUGUCAGGAUGAUGUAUGAUAGCUGUAGAGGUGUCAGGGUGAUGUAUGAUAGCUGUAGAGGUGUCAGGGUGAUGUAUGAUAGCUGUAGAGGUGUCAGGGUGAUGUAUGAUAGCUGUAGAGGUGUCAGGAUGAUGUAUGAUAGCUGUAGAGGUGUCAGGAUGAUGUAUGAUAGCUGUAGAGGUGUCAGAAUGAUGUAUGAUAGUUGUAGAGGUGUCAGAAUGAUGUAUGAUAGCUGUAGAGGUGUCAGGAUGAUAGCUGUAGAGGUGUCAGGAUGAUGUAUGAUAGCUGUAGAGGUGUCAGGAUGAUGUAUGAUAGCUGUAGAGGUGUCAGGAUGAUAGCUUUAGAGGUGUCAGAAUGAUGUAUGAUAGCUGUAGAGGUGUCAGGAUGAUAGCUGUAGAGGUGUCAGGAUGAUGUAUGAUAGCUGUAGAUGUGUCAGGAUGAUGUAUGAUAGCUGUAGAGGUGUCAGGAAGAUGUAUGAUAGCUGUAGAGGUGUCAGGAUGAUAGCUGUAGAGGUGUCAGGAUGAUGUAUGAUAGCUGUAGAUGUGUCAGGAUGAUGUAUGAUAGCUGUAGAGGUGUCAGGAAGAUGUAUGAUAGCUGUAGAGGUGUCAGGAUGAUAGCUGUAGAGGUGUCAGGAUGAUGUAUGAUAGCUGUAGAGGUGUCAGGAUGAUAGCUUUAGAGGUGUCAGAAUGAUGUAUGAUAGCUGUAGAGGUGUCAGGAUGAUAGCUGUAGAGGUGUCAGGGUGAUGUAUGAUAGCUGUAGAUGUGUCAGGAUGAUGUAUGAUAGCUGUAGAGGUGUCAGGGUGAUGUAUGGUAGCUGUAGAGGUGUCAGGAUGAUGUAUGCAAGCUGUAGAGGUGUCAGGAUGAUGUAUGAUAGCUGUAGAGGUGUCAGGGUGAUGUAUGAUAGCUGUAAACGUGUCAGGAUGAUAGCUCUAGAAAUGUCAGGAUGAUGUAUGAUACUGUAGGGGUGUCAGG